AUGAUACUAGUGGAUAGUGGGAGCUCAGUCGAAGUACUCUUCUACGACCCGUUCAAGAGGAUGGAUUUUUCAGAUGAUAUACUCGUCCCAUCGACAUAUCGUAUCUACGGUUUUAAUGGGACCGUGACCAUCCCAAAGGGAGAAGUAACCCUAAGGGUAUCAGACGGAGGUGGUUACGUAGAUACGUUAACUACAUUCUGUGUGGUCGAUGUCGCCUCUCCCUAUGAAGCUAUUAUCAGGAGACCGUGGAUCGCGAAAAUCAAAGGAGUGGCAUCGACUUAUCAUCAUAGGCUACGAUACCCAAUGUACAAGGGGAUAGCUGAGGUCGUAGGAGAUUCACAGGCAGCCCGACAGUGCAUGCAGGUCGAUUCCCAGAUAAAUGAGGAGUGGCGAGCAUGA